AUGGAAGACCCACACCCAAACACCACCACAAUUCCUGCCUCCACCGCUGCGAGCCAACCGACUCCACAACCCGAUGCGAUACCUUCACCCUCACCAUCCUCACAGCCUACAUUCCUGCGAAAAUUGCAGUUCCUUCUCCUCAAAUACCUCGCCAAAACCGCCGGUACCACGGACCGCACGCUCGUCCGCCUCGCAAAACUCCUCUCUACACCAAACGGCACCGACGUCCUUCUUUGCACAACAUCCUAUACCUUGACUCUCGUACACGCCGUCCUCUCCCGCGUCCUUGAACGACGUCUCGCAUCUAUAGCCACAGAGAUAGCCGAGAAAGCAGAGGGUGUCUUGCUCCCUGGCGAAACUCUUAUAGCCACCCUCCCAGCACCCACCACCACCAAAGUCAUCGCCCAGGUCGUCGGAAGUUCGAAAGCUCUUUCCGAUGUUAUAUCAGACUUUAGGAUAUUUGUGAGGCUGUGGGGAGUGCUGGGACUGUAUACCUGGGCCCGAGAGACCUAUCGGGACCCAUUACCACAAAGUGUCAGCGGGAAAGAGAAGAUACUGAGGGUGUUGACGUGGUCGGCUAUAACAUCGUGUGUUGGUUUCCAAGUCCUAGAAAACGGCGCAUAUCUUAGCUCAAAAGGAGCUUUGACGACAGCGAGCUGGACAGGAGAUGUGGGUAAAGCACGAGAGAACACAUGGUGGCUGUGGAGUUCGAGGUUCUGGGCCGCAUAUGUCGGCGUUGAGCUUGUGCGUCUGGGUGUCCAACGGUAUUACUCUUCGUCAUCGCCAUCAAUACUAGCGAGUCAGGGUGACCGGGAGAAGGAGGAUAAGAUCCAGGCGGAAGAGCGGAUGAGAGCGCAGAAACUGGAGAACUGGCUUUGGUGGAAAGACCUCGCAUCCAACCUGGCAUAUGCGCCCAUGACUGUCCACUGGUCGAUGGAAAAAGGACUGUUGAGUGACUGGGGUGUUGGGGCUUGUGGCAUGGUUGCUGGUGGAGCAAACUUGGCUGAUGCAUGGAGGAGGAGUGUGUGA